UGGUUUUGCUUCUCUGCUUUUUCUUCGGUUUUCACAGUUUUCCUGUCGCCCAUAAUGUCCGGAUAUGACCGAGCUCUUUCAGGUAAGAUAGCUUAGGACCUUAGUUCCAUGUGCUUUUCAGUGGGGGUGAUCAACUGAAUCUAACCAACCUGCAGUAUUCAGGUAUGAAAACCGAUUUUUGCAGCAUUCUGUACAGCUCUUUGACUCGUUUCCAGCCCUGAUGGGCACGUCUUCCAGGUGGAGUAUGCCAUGGAAGCUGUUAAGAGAGGAACCUGCGCCGUCGGAGUAAAAGGUAAAGAUGUUGUCGUGCUGGGCUGCGAGAAGCGCUCCGCCUUGAAGCUCCAAGAUACCCGCAUCACACCAUCGAAGAUCGCCGUGCUGGACAAUCAUGCCGUCCUCGCUUUCGCUGGAUUGAACGCCGAUGCUCGUAUCCUCAUCGAUAAGGCUAGACUAGAGGCCCAGUCCCACCGCUUGACCGUUGAAGACCCCGUCACCAUCGAAUACAUCACCAAAUAUAUCGCCGGUGUGCAGCAGCGGUACACGCAAAGCGGAGGUGUUCGGCCCUUCGGUAUUAGUACCCUGGUUGUGGGAUUCGAUCCGAAUGAUGAGGUGCCCAGAUUAUAUCAGACUGAACCUUCGGGUAUCUAUUCUGCUUGGAAAGCCAACGCUAUCGGCCGUUCUAGCAAGACCGUUCGGGAAUUCCUCGAGCGCAAUCACCAGGAAGAUAUGGACCGUGAGCAGACGAUUCAGCUUACCAUCAAGUCGUUGUUGGAGGUCGUGCAGACCGGCGCCAAGAACAUCGAGGUGGCUAUCAUGUCGCCCGGGCAGACGCUUGAGAUGCUGCCUGAAGAUCAGAUCGAGGCCUACGUUAAGAGUAUAGAAACCGAGAAGCAAGAGGAGGCUGCGAAGAAGAAGACGGCCCGGACCAGCACCACGACGGCGGCCAUCCUAACAAGAGGUGGUGGAGAGUCCAGCGACGCCUAGGAGUAGGCUGGUUUAGUGAAUUUAGAGCUACAU